GCGCUCACUUUUCCUUCUAUAUAAAGCGAUGAUCUCUCAAUCGAAAAGAGAACUCCUCUCCUCAGAAUCUGAAAAAGCCAAAGUGUAUCUGCUGCAGAUGAACAGAGUCAUUAGUCAGUUUUCCUGCGAGUUGAUGAACGACAAGUGUACUAGCGGCGGCGAUACGACGACUCUCCGAUCUGCCGUCAAAGGAUGGACCUCAGUUAGUUCUGCUUCGCCGCAUAGUUCCGUCGCAUCACCGUCGUCGUCUUCUGUGCGGAGACUCAGAGGCGAUCUAGAAUCGAGCAGAUUGGGUGCGGCGGCGAGCGAGAAGCUGAGGCAGGCGGAGGAAUCUUUAAGGACGGUUAUGUUUCUGAGCUGUUGGGGAUCUUGUUAGAUCUGGUGGAGAUGAUAAUAUAUAAAUCAAAACAUAUCCAUAUGUGAAUAUUUUUUUAUCUUUGUAGUUUUUUUAAUUUCUGUAAAUCAGUGUACAAAACGAAAAGUUGCAAUGAACAGUUUUUCAAAA